GCCCUGAGCGCCCUGAGCGCCGUCGGCAGCCGGUCACUGGCCAGGAGCGCUAAGUUGAGAGCGUGAGGGCUGCGCGGUGGGCAGGACUCCCCGAGGAGCGGCAAACCAAGGCCAGAAAUCUGGGGAGCAAAAGGAGAGAAAGGGAGAGCCUGCGCCGAGCCACCAGGCCCCGCGCAGCUGGGGGAAAUGUCAUCGCUGGUCAAAGAGGACUUGGAGAAGAAACUGUUCCGGCCGCUCUCGCAGAGUCUGUGCGAGUUUAUCGAAAUAGAGCUCUCCGUCCAGGACAGGUACUACCUGUGUGUGUCAGUGACCAAAAAUGAAGAAGUAAAAAUAAUUAUGGUGAAACACUACAGAAUAGGUUUAGAUGAAAAAUAUGAAGUAACAAAAAAGUGGUCUUUGAAUGAUCUGCAGAUGAUUGAUGGAAAAGAAGCAGAUACCGACAAUCCAUUUUUUGAUCUGCACUUCAAGAAAGUGUACAGUUUGGAAGCAUAUAGUUGUGCUUCUAAAUAUGCCUUUGCUCGAACUGUAAAUAAGCUGAAUCAUGCAUAUCUUAAGAAGGACUUACAAAUUGUGAACUUUGAUUCUACUUACAUUAAUGAUGAUUCUAUUUGGUCUUCCAACAACAAGGAUUGCUUAGUUCUUAUGAGAAUAUGCUUUUAUGCUUUCAAUCUAGUAUGCUUGUCCCUGUGUCCUCUGCCACUCUGAAGAUGUAUGACAUUUUCCUUCAUCAGUGUUCUAUGAAAAUGGUUCCCUAAGGAAAUAUUGAUAAUCAUGAUUUUGUUUCUCCUUCAUCAGUGAGUAUUAUUUAUAUGAAAAUAAAGUGUUGCUUUGUGAAUUGUGGUAAAAUGUGUUUUAAUGAAAUCAUUCAACGUUUGGGACUUUUGCAUGUGUUCCUUGGUAACUUUGGAAGGAGUUGGAUGGUCUUGCCUAUAUUAGUAUUCUACCUAAGAAUAUCAGGAAGUAUCUUGAAAGACCUAAAUAAAUGGAAGGACAUCCUGUGUUCAUCAAUAGGAAGAAUUAAUUUUGGCAAGAUCAAUGUUACUCCAAGUGAUCUACAGAUUUCAUGCAGCCUCUCUCAAAAUUCAAGUGGCCUUUUUAAAGAGAUGGAAAAGUCAAUCCUCAAAUUCAUAUGAAAGUGCAAAGGGCCCUAAAGAGCCAAACUAUCUUGAAAAAUAAGCACAAAGUUGGAGGACUCACACCUUCCAAUUUUAAAACUUACUACAAAGCUACAUUAAUCAAAACAGUAUGGUACUGGCAUAAGGAUAGACAUAUAGAACAAUAGAAUAGAGUUGAGAGUUCUGGGAAAAACUCAUAAAUCUAUGGUCAAUCAAUUUUUGACAAGAGUACCAAGUUCAUUCAAAUAUUAAAGAAUAAUCUCUCUUCAAUAAAUGUUGCUGGGGUAACAUACACAUGGGAAAAGAAUGAAACUGGACUCUUAUCUUAUACCACACACAAAAAUCGACUUAAAAUGUAUAAAGUCCUGAGGCUUAGACCUGAAACCACAAAACUCUUAGAAGAAAAUAUAGGGCUAAAACUUCAAGACCUUGGAUUUGGCAAUGGAUUCUUAUGACAUCAAAGGGAUGAGCAGCAAAAGGAAAAAAAGCUAAACUGGACUUAAUUAAAAUUACUUUUGUAUCAAAGGUCAUGAUCAAGAAAAUGCAAAACAAUUCAGAAUGGGUGAAAUUAUUUACAAAUCAUAUAUCUGAUAAGGGAUUAAUACCCAGAAUCUAUAAAGAAUCCUACAAAUCACUAACAAAAAAGACAAACAACCCAAUUAAAAAAUGAUGGAGGCUUGAACAGACAUCUUUCCAAAGAAGAUAAACAAUAAGCACAAGAAAAGAUACUUAAAGUCAUUAGUCACUAGGGAAAUACAAAUCAAAACCACCAUGAGACACCACUUCACACCUACUUGGAUCACUAUUAAAUAAACAACAACCACAAUAAAAGAAAAUAACCAGUGUUGGCAACUAUACUGAGAAGUUGGAGCCCUCAUACCUUAUUUGUGGGAAUG